CUAUGAACUUGGCACUUCGCUCUGAUAAAGGGUUGGACUAAGCGGAUCGUUGACUGUGGUGGGACACCGGAAGAUAGGCUCCUUACUCAGACCUCCCACAAACUGACCAUUGUGUCUUUUUGGAUUUCUGCGUGGCUAAAGUCAUUUCUGAAUUGCAUGCCAUCUGUUUACCAUCCGAGUCUCACAUGUGAAGCCAAAGUUGCCGAAGCAGCUGCUAAAUGUCCUAAAUUGGAGUAACCAGCUGUCACCUGAGAACAGUCUCUGUGGACCACAUCACCAUGGCACCACCUUCACUUGAUACCAGAGGGGACUUGUUGUCUCACAGAGGAGCCAUUCAGAAGGUGAAAUGCACGAAGACUAAAUCAGAGAUGAACUGGCUCUCAAUGUAGGGAAGCAGAUAAGAAACUGUUCGCUUUGUGGUUGUGAAAAAUGUCUUUGGGUCACAACAGUCUCUUUUCAUUUCUAGACUCAAGCGUGUGUCUUAAAAAUUUCAAUCAGCUGAAUGGGAGGAAGUGGCACAAAGAAAGGUGUCCAAACAUGAAUGUACAAAAACACUGCUGCAACACAAGAUGUAUGAAACAGCCUUGCGUGAGACUCACAGGUUUGUUCCCGUCAUCCUCAUUUAUGAUACUGACUGCGCUCGCCAUGCUUUCUCUCAAAGCAAAUGUGACAGCAGCAAUGAAAGUGACCUCAAGUGGGCCACAAACUUUGAAGAUGGCUCAAGGGGAACCGGUUACACUAGACUGCACCUACACAUCAAAUCAAGCAGACAUAGGCGAGCUUGACAUUGAGUGGUCAAUUGUCAGCCCAGACACCACAAAAAAAGACCAGAUGAUCAUAUCAUACACAGGUGGAAGGAAAUAUACCCAUGGUGACCCUGAUUUAAUGAAAGGUGUAGACUUCACAGCUACAGACCCUUCCCAGGGAGAUGCAUCUCUAACGAUCGCCUCACUGACUGCCAGUCACGAUGGAACGUAUCAGUGCAAAGUCAAAAAGACACCUGGGGUGGACAGCCGGAAAAUAUCGCUGAUAGUGAUGGCUUCCACAGCUCCUAACAGGGCGGGGGUCAUUACAGGAACUGUUGUUGGAUGUUUGCUGCUCAUCAUGAUCAUUCUGAUCAUUAUAUGGCUUCUCAUCUUCAGAUGUAACUGGAAUCGACAUGAGAAAGAGUUCUCCAAUGACAUUAGAGAGGAUGUUCCCGCGCCUGAGAGUCGCCCUACCAGCCGGAUCUCCAGCUUCCGUUCAGGUGUGGCCUAUAGCCAGGUGGGCCAAACCCAAAAUGAGCAUCCGCUCUCAACUAACACCAGCUACAGCACUGCAAAGUAUGACAGCAAGUUUGGCUAUGCUGUAUGAGAUUCUAGGUAGUCAUAUUUGUAUUAUACUGAAAAUUGUCAUUAGUUUGCAGUUACUAAAUGAAUGACCUUUUAGCGGAUUUGAUCAUGUUUCAAUUUACAAAAUGGAAUCAACAUGCUGUCUUGUAAUUGUGUAACAUUCGAUGUAAUUAUACAGUAGAUGUAAUAUGAGAGAAGGAUACAUUACAUGUCUCAGAAUAAUGAUGAACAAGCAGGUCUAGAUCAUAUAAGGUGGUGAUGGUAUUGGUAGAACUCUUACCAAGACCUUAAUCCAAUAUUUGUAUGUGAAGAGCUUCCAUUAUUGAUGCGUUUUGUUAAGAUUAUGUACAUAAAUAUAUGUAUGCUUUUUCUGAGAUUUGGAUGUUGAUGGUUAUGAUCGAACAAGCCAUUUAAAUUCAUUGACAAAAAGAAAUCAAAUAAUAAUAACAAUAACUUGAUGUAUAGACUGAUAAUUUUCUUUAUUCUAAACUAUUUUUAUUUGAUAAAAUGUUAUGUUUUGCUGUUGUUUUGUCUCUAUUUUUGCCCAAAAGAUAUUACUAAAAUGCAUUUGAUUUUUUUUUUUAAAUAUUUGUUUCUGCCCAUAAAGAAUUAAAGUUGUUUUAUUCAACAAUUUUACAACUUUAGAUGUUGU